UCCACUUUAAAGUUUGGCCCCUUUAAAAAGCCAGUCUGAAACAACAAGAGCAUCUCACCUCUGCUACUGGGACUCUUCUUUCAAUAUACCCCACAAAGACUUACAGCAUCUGUCAGUCUGUCGGUCCAUCUAUCAGUCAGCACCAGGGGUAUUCUAAAUAGAUAGCUGCUUCAGUGAUCCCUGUCUGUAGGACCAGGUCUUUUGUGCAGCAGCUGUGACCCCAGACCCAGCCUGGGUUAUCAGGGCUGGUUUGUGCUGAAGGCUGAAGACUAAAGGAUACUUCUGAGGAUGGGGGUGUGGAUCAGAGAAGUGCUCCUCGCUCUGCUGAUGCUACAGUUGGCUAGGACUGUCACAGCACAAGGCAUAGGUCAGUACCUCAACCUAUCAUCUAUCAAUACUCUACUCUCUGACCUCUCAAAAUGCUCCUACAGUACUAAACUGAUAACUUUAGUAGUUUUAAACCCUAUCAAUCUACUCAAGGUCCCCUGUAGCUCAGUUGGUAGAGCAUGGCGCUUGCAACGCCAGGGUUGUGGGUUUGUUUCCCAUGGGGGGCCAGUAUGAAAAAUGUAUGCACUCACUAACUGUAAGUCGCUCUGGAUAAGAGCGUCUGCUAAAUGACAAAAAAAAAUGCACCUUCUUAAUCUACUGAGUAUGUAAUUUAUUAAUCUACUCAAACUGGAACUUCUAAAUCUACUCAAUCUACACCAAAUUUGAAUGUGUAACUUUGCUUCUCUGCUGAAUCUGUUUUUUUUCCCUUAGUCUUUAAAUCAUGCAUGGUUUUCUAAUUGCAGAUGAAGUAUAAUUAUAUAUUUAGCUGGAGCUGUUAAAUGAUUGCCUUUGGAAUCGUUUGUGAAAAGGCUUCACAGUUACACAUCUAUCGACUGGGUGACCCAAAUAAGCCCACUAUGGGAGAGUAGAAUAACACUGAUUGGCUUUAGGAAAGUGUUUGUGCAAUAACUUAAUUUCUCUGGAAUCCAUACACAUCAGCUUUUCCCAUACAAAUGUCUCUUUGUAUAAUUCCUGAAUUUGGGUUAUGGCUCUAGCAGCAGCGUGUACAUGGUUGUGCAUGUGUGUGUGUCAGAGUUGUAGCAGCAGUGGGUUUGUUCCAGUGUAAAGAGUUUACUGCUGGCAAUUUGGUCAAUCUGCAACUCUAUAAAACAGUGGUAACACACAAACACACACACACAUGCACACAUGCACGUACGCACACACACACACAAACCCACGUACACAAACACAAUCUACCACUUCAUAAAGCCCUGACACUCAGCAGGAGCUACUCUACAGCAAGGUUAUUAUAGUAAACUAAAACCGAAACGAAAACGAAUCAUGAAAAAACCAUUUAGUAAACUGAAAUAAAAUCAUUUACAAACACAUUUGGAAAAACUAAAACUAUACUGAAGCUAUUAUUUUUGACUCCAAAACUAACUAAAAUAAAAUAAAAACCAUUAUAAAUUAUGUGCAGUUUUAGUUUUUUCUGGGGGGCCAAAAAUCCAAUGGGGUUUCAAUAGGCUUUUCAAGCUUUUUUUCUAAUGGGGUUUUCAAGUUUCUUAAUCUGGCAGGUCACAUUGAGAUUGACUUCAUAAUUUAAAUGUAGACUCAGCGAGAUGACAUUGCCACGAGCAGCACUGCAGAUAUUGGGCGUGUUUGAGUGGUAAGGCUAAAGAAACUGACUGUAGACGAUAGGAGUGAAGUUGGGGGAGGUGCAUCUGCGACAGCCGAAAGUCGGAUACUAAUGUGGUUUUCCAAUGGCAAGGCUCCGAUCAACAUGGCAGUGUUGCCAUUGUUUAAAAAAUGUUUUCUUUAUAAUGUCGAAAUAAACAUCUUACCCCAUACCACACACUCACAAACUGAAAUCAUAAUAUAAUAUUGUGUGAACAUUGUACAAUCAAGUAGUGAAAGAGAGCCUCAAAUAUCACAUUUAUUUGUAUAUAUCCACUGUAUACUGUACAUAAAUCGCAGCAAAUUGGUUCCUGUUUAGGUCAUGUCUUUGGUCACGUUCAAGUGGGUCUGGAAACUAGGAACUGGGAAAUCUCAGACUUCAGUGAGUUCAAGACAACUGGGAACUCUGAAAAAAACAUUUUGAACGGUCAUCCAACUCGGAAUUCCAAGUCGGGAAAUCGGGCCUCUUUCUAGAGCUCAGACCUGAAGAUCACUGACGUCAUGAUUCAACCUUGUUCUUUUUUUUCUUCGAGUUCCCAGUUGUCUUGAAAGCACCAUAAAUCCAGAGAAUGCCAGACUUUGAUGACAAAGUUUGAUGACCGCCGCGCCACCGUCCUGUUCAAGUGAGCACAGCGCAACAAGAUUCAACAAGAGUCCAAAAAUGUAUUGUAUGCUGCUGCAUAAAUGAUGUAAUAUGGCAGGGAGAUAUGUAUACUGUAGCUAAGAAAGUAAUAAUAAGUGUAUGUUGUGUAGUAAGCUGUUAGUAGCCUCACCCUAAUAAUUUGGUCCCUUUCCCCCUCAUAACUUAGCCUACUGUUCUGACUUGGUGGUGCACAUGUAGCCUAUAGCCUAUUUUAGAGAAAUGUCAUCACUGAAUAUUGUAAGAGCUUUCAUUGUCUGCUUAUAUGCCCCCUUUAUUUAUCCUAUGGUUCUGACUUGGUGUACAGGGAGAAUACUGUAAGAAUGGCCCAUGUUCUGAAUUCUGUUGCUGUACAUUUCAAAAGUGCUGAACAAAUAGUUAUAUUGACUACGUCCGUCUUAGCUCUCUCAUUAAUAUCUUAAUCGAAAUUAUGGAUUGCCUCUUAUCCGGUCAUCGUUCCCUUAUGCCAUAGUUUGUACAUCUCAAUUGUCAGUAGAAACCACGUUUGUUUAAGCAAGUCAGCCAUAUCAGCAAUGUUUUUUAAAAAGGCAGUAAAUUGGGCUGAAUGUGUUGUGUAGUGGCUUUGCUGGCAUGCAUCUACAUUUUUGGGGGGGAGUUUGCCCCACCAAGAUUUACAUGCUAAAAUCGCCACUGCUCUGAUCCCAUAUCUCCACGUAGUUUUCCGAACAGGCGUGUGCACAGUGGAUGUGGUUUGCUGUAGUUUACAAUUGAAGUUACCUGCUGCAGUGUAUCUCAGAGUUUUGUGCUCAGCUCUUUUUCCGCCAGUUGCUCUCGGUGUAUCAUACAAUGCGGCCAUAUGGCAGAGGGAGCCUCCCACGAAUAGGCUACUUUCUGUCUCUAGCACUAACAUUUUAACUGAAACUAAAUAAUAUAAAAUCGAAAUAUAAAUGUUUUUAUAAAACUAAGUUUUGCCCUGUGUAGGGUGACAUUGCCCUGUGUAGGGUGACAUUGCCCUGUGUAGGGUGUGUCUUUCACAUGGGACGUUAAACGGGUGUCCUGACUCUCUGGGUCAUUAAAAAUCCCAUGGCACUUAUCGUAAGAGUAGGGGUGUUAACCCCUGGUGUCAUGGCUAAAUUCCCAACCUGGCCCCAUUCCAUCAUGGACACCUAAUUAUCCCCCUCAUUCCUAAUUGGCUUAUAAUUCAUCACCUCUCCACUUGAUAGCUGAUGUGUGUUGAGUGUUCUGCCGCAAAAAUGGUUGCCGUGCAUCACCCAGGUGGGAGCUGCACAUUGGUGGUGGAUGAGGUGAGUUUCCCCCUACUAUGUAAAGUGCUUUGAGUACCUCAGUUGGUAGAAAAGCGCUAUAUAAAUCCAAUCAAUUAUUCAAUAGAAGUGGAUCUGAAAACUAACCGAAACUAAACAGAAUUUCUAAUAAAAAUCUUAAAACUAAUAGAAAUAAAAACAAAUACAAAACACAAAACUAUAAUAACCUUGCUCUACAGCUCAUCAGAGCUUGCCAUAGGCAUGAAUUCACAUACUAACUAAACUCACUAAUAACAGUUACAAACGCAUGAGUGUUGAAUAAAUGUUGCCUGCGUGUUUGUUGUGUGUGUGUUUCCUGUGUUAGUGUACGACCUGCUGGUGUCUCCAGACUGCCUGCCUGACCUGACGCAGGGAGGGCUGAAGAACAAAGGUCUGGAUGAGGCCUUCCUCCUCUCCUCCUUCAGGCUCCACAGCAAAUCCCCCUCUCAUCUCUACAGCAUCAUCAAUCCCAGAGACAACAGCAAGUACCUGGACUUCACCCUGCAGGCCAAACUCAACAAGGGUAAACACUGAUGUCUGUCUCACAUUAGAAAUAUGAUUAUACACCUAAAGCAACACCCAUUUCUCUCUCUCUCUCUCUCUCUCUCUCUCUCUCUCUCUCUCUCUCUCUCUCUCUCUCUCUCUCUCUCUAUCUCUCUCUCGCUUUUCCUCUUUCUCUCCCUUCCUCUUUGAAUACUAUUCAUUUCCAACUAACUGUACUCGUUCCACCUCCCUCAGUGACGGUCCGUUACCAGAAGACUGAUGGUAGGGCUGGCACCACCAGUUUUAACCACCCUUCUCUGGCGGACGGCAAAGAGCACCAUGUGAUUAUCCAUGCCAGUGGUCUGCAGAGAGGACCAGGUCGUAUGGCAGUCUACGUAGACUGUAGACUGGCUCACAUCAUAGAUGAGCUGCCAGCUGCCUUUGGGUCGCUGACACCUGGACCCAACAGGGUGGCUCUUAGGACCCUGCAGCCCACUGGGCAGGUGAGACAAAAGAGCAGCAUAGAUACAGCUGAGUUAGACCAGACUAACCCACAACACAGGUGUGAUACUUUUUUGUGUUGUCACUCAUCACUAACCACUCAUUAAUGUGUCUCUGUCAGGAUGAGUUGACAGACCUGAAGCUGGUAAUAGAGGACACCUUAGAUAACGUUGCUACGCUCCAGGACUGCAGCAUGCAGCAGAGCGAGUCUCUGGGUACUAUUCAGCUACUGGGUAAGAACACAGGCCUGUUAUAAAGACUAUCAGGCUGCCAGAAACAUGACUAGACCGUUUCUGACGUCUCAGCCAUACUGUACAUUUUACUCACUUGAAAAACCAACAAGUCAUGUAGUCUGUAUGAUGGAACAUAGAAAUAUGUUGUACUGUAGCUAAAGACUGCACUUCCCACAGGCCUCCAGUCAGGCGGUCAGGAUCCGUCUCAGAUGUUGGAGCUCAACAAGAUGAUGUCAGAGAUGAAGGACCUGCUCCUCCAGCAGGUACAUCACCUGCCUUAGAGACCAUAAAUACAACAUCACCUUUCAAGGCACCACCAUUUGUAUUGUCUGUAUCGACAGUAAACUGGUCUUUUCUUUUCCCCUAACAGAUUAUGGAGACCACGUUUCUUAGAAACACCAUCUCAGAGUGUCUAGCCUGUGGUAAGCUGUUCUCUAAGAUCUAUUACUACUGUUACUGCUUAGUAUAAAGGACAAAUUAUUUCUGAUAAUAAUUAAUGACUGACUUAUAUCACCAUGCAUACUCUUAUUUUAGAUGUGAACUCAAACCUGGUCAAUAGGAUACUGAUGAUACUAAUACUGAUUGAGGAUACUCAAGUUCUGUGUGAUGUUCUAUUACACAUUUGUGUAUCUCUGUCUGUAGCACAGGAGGCUGCUAAGGGGAGCACAGCUCAUAAUAAUGGAUAAAACUGAGUUAAUUGAUACCAUUCCACUCAUUCCACUCCAGCCAUUACCAGGAGCCCAAGCUCCCCAAUUAAGGUGCCACUAACCUCCUGUGGUCUAUAGGUCUGGGUGGCAACAUGGCAUCAGGCCCAGGUACAGGUGCAGGGUCCGGCACAUCCCAGUGUAGUCCAGGUGUGUGUUUCAAUCAGGACAUGUGUAUCCUGGCCGAGGGAGGAGGCUUCACCUGCACCCCCUGCCCUGACGGAUACACUGGAGACGGAGUUCACUGUGACAACGUGGACGAGGUAGUUUUUAUUUGAUUUUUUAAAAGUAGUGUAAACCCUACUUGCCCAGCGUGUGAACAGUGAACACUAAUGUGUGUGUGUGUGUGUGUGUUGCAGUGUCAGUUUAACCCCUGCUUCCCUGGUGUGAGGUGUGUAAACACGGCUCCUGGGUUCCGCUGUGAGAGAUGUCCUCUGGGAUACACUGGUCCUGAGAUCAAUGGAGUGGGCGUCACCUACGCACAGUCACACAAACAGGUAAUUUACAGUCACACAGGUAGCACACAUGCAAAUUGUUUAUAAACAGUAAUAGGCACACUGUAUACACUGUGUUGUACUUUAGCUGCUGUUAUUGUGUCUUGUAAGUGUGUGUGUGUGUAUUUCUUUCCAUGUGGGUCUGUAGGUGUGUUAUGACAUAGAUGAAUGCCAGGGUCCUCCUGACAACGGAGGCUGCACUGCCAACUCUCACUGUCACAACACUGUGGUAAGAGUCACUCACACGCACAGCUUGAAUAUUCCCAUUCAACGGUAUCAUCAUGACGUAUCUUCCUCUAAGCUCUUCUAUCUGGUAAUGUCUACACACCAUUAGAACACCAAACAUUCUGGUGCAGUCUUCUAACUGUAGACAGAGAAGAAUUCUCAGAAUUCAAAGUGCUGGUGACAGUACAGGCCUUUCCUAUGGCUGAGUGAAGAGAAGCCCAUUGACAGUAGGCCUGAGUUGAAGCCUGGGCCUGUAUUUGUUGUCUCUCCCAGGGGUCGUUCCACUGUGGAGAGUGUGAAAGUGGGUUCCCCGGGGACCAGGUGAGGGGCUGCAGGAGGGAGAGGCUCUGUGGGAACGGCCAGCAAAACCCCUGUGACAACAACGCACAGUGUGUAGUGGAGAGAGACGGGAGCAUCAGCUGCCAGGUGAGAACACACACACAAACUAUUCAUGUGACAUUACUGCGCAAUCAAUCGAAAAUCAACCUUUUCUCUUCCUCUUCUGUCCAUCAGUGUGACAUAGGGUGGGCAGGUAACGGCUAUGAGUGUGGGAAGGACACAGACAUCGAUGCUUACCCUGACGACAAGCUCAGGUGCAGAGACAACAACUGUAAGAAGGUAAAACACAGCUUCCCAUCCUUCUCCAUCUCCCUCUCUCCCUUCCUCUUCCUCUUCCUCUCCCUCUCUCCCUUCCUCUUCCUCUUCCUCUCCUCCUCUCCCUUCCUCCCUCCCUCUCUCCCUUCCUCUCACUCUCCUCUCCCCUCCUCCCUUCCUCUUCCUCUCCCCUCUCCUCCUCUCCCUCUCCCUUCCUCUUCCUCCCCUCUCCCUCUUCUCCCCUCUCCCUCUCUCUCCUCCCUCUCCCUCUCCCUCUCUUCCCUUCCUUUCCUCUCCCUCUCCUCUCCCUCUCCUCUCUCCCUUCCUCUCCCUCUCCCCUCCCUUCCCUCUCUCCCUUCCUCUCCCUCUCUCCCUUCCUCUCCCUCUCCCUCUCUCCCUUCCUCUCCCUCUCCCUCCCCUCUCCCUCUCUCCCUCCUCCUUCUCUCCUCUCCUCUCUCUCCCUUCCUCCCUUCCUCUCCUCUCCCUCUCUCCCCUCCUCUUCCUCUCCCUCUCUCCCUCUCUCCCUUCCUCUCUCCUCUCCUUCUCCCUUCCUCUCCCUCUCCUCCUCUCCCUCCUCCUCCUUCCCUCUCUCCCUCUCUCCUUCUCUCUCCCUCUCCUCUCCUUCCUCUCUCCCUCUCCUCCCUCGCCUCUUCCUCUCCUCUCUCCUCCUCGUCCCUUCUUCCCUUCCCUCCCUCUCCCUCUCUCCCUCCCUCUCCCUCUCCCUCUCCCCUCUCCCUCUUCCUCUCCCCUCUCCCCUCUCCUCCUCUCCCCUCUCUCCCUUCCUCUUUCCUCUCCCUCUCCUCCCUUCCUCUCCCUCUCUCCCUCCCUCUCCCUCUCUCUCCCUUCCUCUCUCCCUCUCCCCCGCUCCCUCUCUCCCUCUCCUCCCUUCCUCUUCCUCUCCCUCUCUCCUUCCUCUUCCUCUCCCUCCCUUUCCUCCUCCCUCUCCCUCUCCCUUCCUCUCUUUCUCUCUCCCUCUUCCUCUUCCUCUCCCUCUCUCCCUCCCUUCCUCUUCCUCUCCCUCUCUCCCUUCCUCUCCCUCUCCCUCUCUCCCUUUCUCUUCCUCUUCCUCUCUCCCUUCCUCUCCCUCUCCCUCUCCCUCUCUCCCUUCCUCUUCCUCUCCCUCUCUCCCUUCCUCUUCCUCUGGAAAUAUUUAGUAAAGCAGACUCUAUAUUUGUUUCCAGGACAACUGUGUGUUUGUUCCGAACUCUGGUCAAGAGGACGCAGACAGGGACGGACUCGGGGAUGCCUGUGAUGAUGACGCUGAUAGUGACGGCAUCAUUAACAUACAGGUACACAACUGUCAAAUUCCUCUCGUGUACAGUAUGUUCACAAGCAGGUAGGAUACAUGUUGAACAGAUGCAGUAACCCUGUCUCUGUGUGUAACUCAGGAUAACUGUUGGCUGCAUCCUAACGUGGACCAAAAGAACAGCGAUAAGGAUCUCCAUGGCGAUGCAUGUGACAACUGCUUGACGACGGAGAACCCUAACCAACGGGACACGGACAAGGACGGGCUAGGAGACGACUGUGACGAUGACAUGGAUGGAGACGGUGUGUGUGUGUGUCUGUGCUUUGACUGGCCUUCCCCAGGCUUUGGUCAUCACCCACUGGGCACAGACAUCAAUUUAACGUCUAUUUCACUUUUUUUUCAACGUAAUUUCAUUGAAAUGACAUGGAAACAACGUUGAUUCAACCAGUGUGUGCCCAGUGGGUAGAGUUAGGGAAAUUGUACCACAGCUAGUGAUUUAUUUUAAGGUAGUGACUGUAGAAGUACUUUGUCACACUAAGACGUCUUUAUCCAUGACCUUAAGAUCUAUUUUCCCAAACCAUAGUUAGUCUGAGGUCAGUCUAGCUGUCUGGUUUAAAACAGCAUGUCUCCUGUCUCUAGCCGUUCUAGACUCAUAUUUGUCAUUGUCUUCAACAGAGUGGAGCCAUAUCUAUUGAAUACAUUCACAUCCUCUCAGUCUGUUUUAGUCUGUCUUCCAUCCAAGUCUUCUACCUGUUAGUUCAUCUGUUUACACAGAAAACAGGAGCUGGGGUAAGGUUCAGCCUCAUAAAGUUCAAAUCACUAGUAAAAACAUUGGUUUAAAAUGAGUUCCCAUUUCUCACUAUAAAUAACCCAUUUGGAAUCCUAACUGUUGUUUUAUAAAAAGCUCUGAUUCUGAAUGAUGUGCUCUUUAGCUACUACAUUACCCUUUAAAAAAACUAUAAUUUGUUCCAUUGGCAGAUACAGUGAAAGUGUGUCCCAGUUGAGUGUGUGUGCGCGUAUUCAGUCUGAGUUUGAUGUUUCGUGUCUGUGCACAGGGGCAGGCCUCCAACCUCUUGAUCGUUUAGUCAUGUCUCCCCCUCUAACACUGGAUCGCUGAGUGCUUGGUCAUGUCUGUCUGCUCUGAAAACAUUUUCUAUUCCAUUAUAAACCCUGCCAGCAGCUGCGAGCCAGUGGAAACUAAUGAUCUCUGCCUUAAACAAACCCUGCCAUCUGGGGCCCGAAGAAACUAACAAUUUUACCUAUGUGUGUGUUUUUGUGGACAGGCGUGAAGAACAUUCUGGAUAACUGCCAGCGUGUGCCCAACCCAGACCAGAGGGACCGAGACAACGACAGGGUGGGAGACGCCUGUGACAGCUGUCCAGACAUGGUCAACCCCAACCAGGUAACCGUAAAAACAACCACAACACAACCAUAGCACAACACAACUAUAGCACAUCACAACCACAACAAAAUCACUACAGAACCAUAACUCCACUUCAACCAUAACACAACCAUAGCACCACCCUAACCCCAAACCCAGACUGAAAAUCUAAUGUAGCCAGUUGCCAGCAGCUGGGUAAUAAUAAUAAUAUUAUUAUUAUUAUUAUUAUUAUUAUCUCUCCAUUUCUUCUCCCACAGUCAGAUGUUGAUGAUGAUCUUGUAGGAGACACGUGUGACACCAACAUAGACAGGUACAGCCUUCUAUAAACACAUCCACACCUAUAGAAGAGUUCUGAUACUGAGUGUACUGAGUUGACUUUGCUCCCCCCUCUCUCCUCUCUGUCAGUGAUGGGGACGGUCACCAGAACACUAAGGACAACUGUCCUACAGUAAUCAACUCCUCCCAGCUGGACACAGAUAAGGAUGGACAGGGAGACGAGUGUGACAAUGAUGAUGACAACGACGCUAUCCUGGACGAAGCAGACAACUGCAGACUGGUGGUCAACCCUGACCAGACAGAUGAGGACAGUCAGUCACUCCACUAGUUUCAUUUCCUACUGUAUCAUAGCAAUGCUCUCUCAAGUAGUUCCUCACUCUGUGGGCGUGCCAUACCAAGAACCCACUGGCUAAUCUCAGUGUGACUCUGUGUGUGUGGCGUGUGUGUGUGGCGUGUGUGUGUGCGCCUGUGUGUGUGUUCCAGAUGAUGGUGUGGGUGAUGCGUGUGCAGGGGACUUCGACCAGGACAAGGUGAUUGACAGGAUAGACAACUGUCCAGAGAAUGCUGAGGUCACCCUGACCGAUUUCAGAGCCUAUCAGACGGUAGUACUGGACCCUGAGGGCGACGCCCAGAUUGACCCCAACUGGGUGGUCCUCAACCAGGUGACCUCAUCAUCUUUUACAUUCUGACAUUUCAGUCAUCUAGCAGAUACUGAGUAACAUUGACAGUGCUUGAGUCAAAGACUAUGCACAAAAAAAAGUAAACGAUUCAACACAAGUUUGAUCCUUGAUUGAGUUCUUUAAUUAAGUUUGAUCAAUGAUGUGUAGGUAGUGGAGUAUUCUGUACGAUGUCAUCUGUAGUAUCAUAACUCUCUCUCUCUCUUUCUCUCUCCCUCUGUCCCCAGGGUAUGGAGAUAGUUCAGACUAUGAACUCUGAUCCUGGCCUCGCUGUAGGUAAGACAACUCUCAUUCUCCAUUUGACAGGCCACCCUCUCCGUGCCACUUACGGUGUGUGUGUGUGUGUGUGUGUGUGUGGAGGCCCCACAUCAUUCAGCGUGUAUAUGUAAUAAGCCUGUGUUGUGUUGUGUGUGUGUGUAGGCUACACAGCGUUCAGUGGGGUGGACUUUGAGGGGACGUUCCAUGUCAACACGGUGACUGAUGAUGACUACGCAGGCUUCAUCUUCGGCUACCAGGACUCUUCUUCUUUCUACGUGGUCAUGUGGAAACAGACUGAACAGACCUACUGGCAGGCUGUACCCUUCAGAGCUGUGGCGGAGCCUGGCAUUCAGCUCAAGGUGUGUAUGUGUGCUCUUCCAUGUUUUUACAAAGUCAUCUAUCACAGAAUGCUUAACACAAACCCCACCCUGCUCUAUCCUUUUUCUGGCCUUCCUUUCUUACCUUCUCCUUUUUCACCCCCUCUCCCUCCUCCAGGCAGUGAAGUCUAAGACGGGUCCCGGGGAGUAUCUUAGGAACUCCCUGUGGCACACAGGAGACACCAACGACCAGGUACGCCUGCUGUGGAAGGACAAGAGGAACGUGGGCUGGAAGGACAAGGUGUCCUACCGCUGGUACCUACAGCACAGACCACAGGUUGGAUACAUCAGGUGAGACACACACAACCACCCACACACCCAUUUACAUUUACAUUUUAGUCAUUUAGUAGAUGCUCUUAUCCAGAGCGACUUACAGUUAGUGAGUGUAUACACAUUUUUUUUUCUUUAUACUGGUCCCCUGUGGGAAACGAACCCACAACCCUGGCGUUGCAAAUGCCAUGCUCUACCAACUGAGCUACCAUUCUGAACCCUGUGUGUGUGUUGUGUUCAGGGCACGUUUCUAUGAGGGUCCUAACCUGGUAGCAGACUCUGGGGUGAAGAUAGACACCAGUAUGCGAGGAGGGAGACUGGGCGUCUUCUGUUUCUCCCAGGAAAACAUCAUCUGGUCCAACCUCAAGUACCGCUGCAACGGUGCGUGACAGCCUACUCAGCCAACCAGCAGACAGAUACAGAGAAUAGCCCUGGUCACAGCACGCUGAUAGGACAGAAGCUGUCUAAGAUUGUCACUGCUACAGUAUGUUUAAGUCAACACCUCUCUGUUCUGUUUGUCCUUCUACAGACACCAUCCCUGAAGACUACCAGGAGUACAGUGCACAGAACACUGAAUAA